AUGCGGUCUUGGAAAACAUUAGAUCCCAGUUCCGGCUCGACCUGCAAUCAACUCGUGUUACUUAGAGAGCUUCAUUCGUUUCAAAAUGAAGUUGGUUAUUUGCUGUCUACUGCUUUGUACUACUUUCUACUCAGGGGAAACUAGUAAUUGCCCUGGAAACAUCGAUGUAGAUACAUCGCCGCUAGAAGGAAUUUUGGAAACCAUGCUGGAGGUGCUACUGAACAAGUUUGACGAUAUGGAACGUAAGUUGUCGGAACUUCAAAUCGAGUUGAAAGAGCACCACGAGGAAAUGGAACGGAACCGCAUCCCGGAUUGCGUCUCGCCAACACCUUCAACACUGCCCUCAAAUGAUGUCAUACCAACAAAGCCACCAACAGUGAUCGAGCCACCAUCUUUUCCAUCGUGCCAGGAUGUACCAACCAAAGUGUCGGGAGUAUAUUUAAUACGUGUUAACAAUGAUAGUGCCCCAUUCAGUGUAUAUUGUGAACAGAAAAAGUUUGGAGGCGGAUGGAUUGUCCUCCAACAUCGAUUCGAUGGCUCAGUUGAUUUUAACCGGAACUGGGAUCAAUAUCGUGAAGGAUUCGGUGAAUUGGACAGUGAAUUCUGGCUCGGGCUGGAGCACAUUUACCAACUUACGUCGACCCGUAAAUAUGAAAUAGUGAUCGAGAUUAUAGACUUUCUUGGCUACUCAGGGUAUGCCCGCUAUAAUGCGUUCCAAGUAGGAAGCGAGUGAGCAAUACAAGCUAAAAACCCUGGGAUCGUAUAGUGGCACAGCCGGAGAUUCGUUGAGUUAUCACAAAGGGAUGAAGUU